AAACUUGAAGUUUAUUGCCCAUGGCCUACAUGUACAUCAUCAUGGCCUAAUAAUGCUUAAAUCACCUUCGUAGAACUUGUAAUAUAGUGGAGUUAUCACUAAUCAGGUUAUGAGUGUUUGGGUAUACAUGUACAUGUGUACAUAUACAUGUAUGUUUCUGUCACUGAAGUUUCAUUUACAUUUAUUCCUUUGAAUAGAAUGAAACUGGCAUCCUUUUACAAUGUAUACAUGGCAAAGGCAUACAUUUUAGGCCAAGGCCUACUUCCGUAAUUCCCAGCUGAAGCCUACCACUUUCGAAUCAACUCGUACCUUGGGCGACUCGUACCAUGGGCAACUUGAUCUUGUACCUUCAACAACUCGUUCCUUGGACAACUUGUACAGUUCUCGAGUUCAGAUCAUUCGUACCUUCAUGUUUGCAAUUCGGUUGUAACUUUCUUGUUCUUCCUUUUCCAUGUUUUCUGCAUGUUUAAGAUCAGAUUUGACAAACAUACAUGUAGCAAGGAAAAAUCUUCAUAAAUCUCCCGGAGAGAUCUCGAGUGCCAGCAUUAUUUUCUGCAUAGUGCCUGCAGCAGGCGUUUGCACCUUCCUCAUUAUCGUCCUCCCAAGGAGGUGGAUGGAAUAACAACUCGGCACCUCCAGGCAGCAUCAUGGACGAUGAGCAGGCCACGUCACCCUUCAGUCUCCGAGAGCAGAAACUGGAAAAACAGCGUGCCCUCCUGCGGGAGAAAAAGAAAAAGUACAACCAGCCAAUGGUAGUGCAGCCCAACGAGGAGCGGCAGGGGUCAGGGGGCAAGUCACGCCGCAAGGUGCCGGAGGAGACAAGACCACUGGUCUCCCCAACCCACAGCUCUUCGGCCAGUGAUGGGCUACAAGGUAUUGAUGGGCCGGCCUCCUUCUCCCUGAAUUCUUCCCUAACCACUGUGCAAGUCCUGACCGUUGGCAGUUCCUCCACAGAAGAUGAUGACGACAUCCCCACAUUCAGGGAAACAACAGAGACAGAGAAGAAGUUGAAAGCCAUGGGCAUCUCCCAGGCCGUCAACUACGAGGACAACGAGGAGAGCGGCACGCCCAUUGGGGUCAUGAACACCAGCGGCCAUCCCGGGGGCCAGAUGUCCCCACCCCCUGCCUACCCGACCAACCAGCCCAGCGGGUUCGGUAACAUCAACACAACCAGCAGCACGACGUUUAACACCAGCAGCGGUUAUGCAGGGGGUUACACCGGCUCCGAGAGCGGUUACACUAGCACUCAAGCUAGCCCUCCAGCUCAGGAGACCAAAACCCUAGGUGCCUCAGGAGGCGGGCUGGACCUGAGUGACCUGGAUGCAUUUGUGCUACGGCCGGCUCCCCAAGGCCUGACUGUCCGGUGCCGGAUUUCCCGUGACAAAAAAGGGAUGGACCGCAGUAUCUACCCAACCUACUUCUUGCACCUUGAGACAGAGAGCGGCAAAAGGGCAUUCUUACUGGCUGCUAGGAGACGCAAGAAGAGCACCACAUCCAAUUAUUUGUUGUCAACGGAUGCCACGGAUCUGUCUCGAGAUGGAGAGAGCUUCACAGGCAAACUAAGGUCUAACUUUAUGGGCACCCAUUUCACCGUGUACGACAACGGCAUCAGUCCAAACAAGCCUGGCGCCAUGGCAGAUGGCACAAACACUCGCCAGGAGCUGGCUGCAGUUAUCUAUGAAACCAAUGUCCUAGGCUUCAAGGGGCCCCGGAAGAUGACCAUCGUCAUUCCAGGAAUGACUCUGGACAAUGAGAGGGUGGCAUUCAGACCACGCAAGGCGCAUGACUCAAUUCUGGAUCGCUUCAAAGCCAAAAACAUGGAAAACUUGCUCGAACUCCACAACAAAACCCCAGUAUGGAACGAUGACACUCAGUCCUACGUGUUGAAUUUCCACGGCCGAGUAACCCAGGCAUCUGUGAAGAAUUUCCAAGUGGUGCAUUCAAAUGAUCCGGAGUACAUCGUGAUGCAGUUUGGCCGGGUGACCGAGGACGUCUUCACCAUGGACUACAACUACCCACUGUGCGCUGUGCAGGCCAUGGGGAUUGCGCUAAGCAGCUUCGACAGCAAACUGGCCUGCGAGUAAUGGCCCGUCCACACCACCUCUCUUGCUCUGACGCCCAGAAACCUUUCCUCUUCUUGUUUUUUCCGUUGCCGAAAUUUAUAAUUAAUUUGUGCAUGAGUUUUUACAGUAUUGUGAAGAGAAUGAGCUUCAGGAGGUAAGUUCUGUCUCAAAAAUUUUGUUGUCAGCAAACAGUUAACUUUAUUAUAUGUUGCGUAUGUGUGUAUUCUUUGCUGUAAUGAUGCAAUUAAUAUAAAAAAUUGUUUUGAAAGCACUAUUUUUAUCCAUCAACUUUGAUUUGAGCAGUUGACCAGGGCUAACCUGUAUUGAACAAAGAAUGGAGAAACUAUUAAAGGAAAUGGUACUAUUCACUUUUACACCUUGAACUGUGUUUGGAACUACAUUAUAUUGCCAGAGAAAGAGUAUAACGGUAGUAUCCUGCACAAAAUGCCCAAGUCUCAUGUGUUUCUAUUGCACCAGUAUUUCAACACUGACCUUACUUUUACCUCGGUACUCACCUCUGAAGAAAUACAAGGAGUCAGAUUUAUAGUUGAACCUCGUUAACAAGAGGUCCUCCGGACUUCGCAGGUUACCAUAUUGUAGCAUGUACCUUGUAUUAGAAUGAAAACAAUGAAGAAUAAGUAGGAUUGGGACCUAAAAAUGUCCUUGCUAUAAAGCAGAAUGACAGUGCUACCGGUGUUAUUGACAAGGUUCAGCUGUUAGUGGGAUUUCAAAAGUUCUGGAACAUUUGUAUCUUUUUGAUGCAUGCGAAUAGAGACAUUGGUGUCGAUCCAUCAGAGUGGUAUAUUUUAAACUUUCAUUUUUAAUAUGCAUAUAGCUACAUGUAGUGACGAUUUUGGGUGAGGGUUCUCAAGGAAAUGAUGGCCUUUGCAGGAAAGUUGCUUUGAACAUAAUCACCUUGGAAAACUCUAGCAUGUACUUACAUGUACUCGUUCACAUCAUUAUCGAAAGAAUUUUGCCUCAUUUGAAGGGGAGAAUAUGUAUGUAUCGAGCAGCAAUCCACCUACCCCACCCAGACCGGCCUACCAACAAUAAUCCACCAGACGUAUUAGAUGUACACAAAUUAUUGAUACGGAUAUUGUCCAGCUGCUUUGCGCAAUCUAAGAGCAACAUUUAUUCAUCUAAUUCACUGGUUUUGUAACUACUCCAGUUCCUACUUUAAAAUUACAGAGAACUUGGAAACAGUUUCAAAUUCUCUUUUUUAGCUUCUUGUUGCAUUAUAUAAAGUAAUAAGCGAACAGUGGCCUCAGUAAUCAAGCAAUUAUCAUUCAUAUCAUAUCAGGGGCGAAUCUCCAUGGUUUGUCUCAGCUCCCUGGGACUCAAAACAAAUUCAAUGAAGGAUAACGGGGAAGAAAUGGCCAGGGAGUAUUGUAGGAGUCGGCUCAGUUUGCCAGAGCCAUUUGAGCCAGCGGGGAUCAGGUGUUCUCACUGUCAGCUGAGGCUGGCUGCACGGCCAAUUACACGUAGGCUAGGCCUGGAUGCCUCUUUGCAUUGCCGCGCCGUCUGGAAUGUGCUAAUGUACGUGACAUAACGCGUGCAUGCAUGCAUGACGUGUUGAGUACCUCGAUUCUGGCUUGUAGUUUCAUGAGUUUUUUUUUAGUUCCUCGAAGGCUGCGCCUGUGUGGCACAGUAGAUUUGUAGUAGCAACAGACAAAAGUCAUGCAGCCCUCACGCAUGUUGUUGUGAAUGGUGCCAGAAUAUCAAUAAAAAGUCAUUUCUGUGUGGUUCAAAACUGGAAAAUACAUGUAGUUUUGAAAGCAAAACAAUUCCUUGGAGAAUUCAGUGAAUCCAUGCGUGUUCAGAAUUACCAGUUUUGUUUUUUUAUUAUUGGUCUAAUGAUCCAGAGCAAUUUCAGUUUUUUUUUAAAUUUUGAUCUGGACAUGAUCUAUCAGAAAAAUCACCGCAGUACCAACGUGUCCAGUAGCUGGAAAUGACAUGUGCAUUUGUUUUUCAUCACGCAACAAAAAGCAUUAUAGCUAUAUAUAAAAUUAUAAAAAUAGAUAAAUUGUUUUAAACCACCUCGGCUACUUUUCGUUACUUAGUUUUAUCGGCAGGUAUUUUGAGCCUAAUUGUUUUGAAUCUUAACUUCCGUACUUCUUACUAUCACCUUGACUGAUUUGAUACAUAUAGGAUGCAUGUUGCCACAUUUUCCAAUUUUAUUUUAUUUCAACAAAGUGACUAACGUUAUGUCCGUGAACAUUGUAUAUAUUUUGUAAAUAUCGACAGUCAACAAAAUACUUGUACUUAAUAUAUUGAAGGAUGCAUUAGUUUGACAGAAAUGUUUAAGGAGAGAAUCAACUUAAUAGUCCGUCCAUCACGAUUUCGGCUUUUGUUUUUUGCUAGAGUAAAUUAUUUCUUCUCUGUGCAUGUGGACAUGCAUGUAGCUGGGUGCAGUAGUUGCUUGCAUGAGAAAAUGCUGUUAGCAUCAUAAUGAUUGUGCUACUUUUCUCCCAACGGAGUUUGUCUUGUAGUCCAUUUACAUGUAAUUGCACCGCAUACACUGUGAAGAUCCAAGUAUGUUCCAGCUGUUAGCUGUGCAGUCCCGUGAGUGAUGCAUAAUUUGUGCGCAAAUGGCAAUUGGCAAAUGCGAUCGUUCUCACUCAUCCAAGCCGAAGCCCUUCACAGAGCAGAAACUUUGCAAAUCGAUGUACAGUACUCGAUGGGGAAAGUGGGUUGGGAAGGAGAGAAGGCCUUUUCAGUCAAUCUCAUUCUGUACUAAUAACGUACCGACCCAGUUUGGAAGUUGAUUUAAUAUGCAAAUUUCCCAUGGGGCGGUGAAGGGUAGACAGUCCAGCCGCUUUUGCGUUGCAGUUGUUUCUUUAGCCAGGGCUGUUGAUCUUCACGGACCACGCUAAUUUCAUUCAGCGGUUUUUACUCCAUAUAUGUAGAUUCCAGUAUCUAGCUUUUUGGUGCGUACUAACGAUUAGUUCAGUAUUUUGAUUUUUUUUUUAUAUUGAUAUUUUUCAAGGACAAUUGCAGUUGGUUUGGUUUCAAACAGAAUAAAAAGGUCCAGGUUAUUUCCAUUUGAUUGGGAUACAGCAAAUUAUUUGAAACUCAUUUUUUGAAACACAAGUCAAGUAUUUCCAAGUCGAGUAUAUGGCUUUUAUUUCAAUUGACAAGGUAUAUAACAUACAUGGACAUGUGUUGAUAACAUUCGCCUUUUUCAUUGGCAUAUCUGGACAAGAAAGAAUUGAGCCUGUUGUGCAUUCUGGGGGAGUGUGCUUUUAGUUUUGUUGGUUUGGCGCCGUAUGAGUAGUUACAAAUUCACCUUGUGUUUGUACGUUUAUGACAUGCCCUUUUCUAACCAGUAGCCUGGAAAUGGGUGUAAAAGUUAGGAACCCCGGAAAGGGUGUCAGUUGUUUUUUUAAAUGCUUUCUUGAAAAUGGUUCAGCUCCCCGCAGAGAAAGAGAAAAAAACAAAACAAAAAAGGAGGCUCAAAAAGGCACGCAAGUUGUGUGCCAGCAGUUGAGUUGGAGAUUUAGAAAUGAGUCGACCACUCUUUGGCAGUAUGGGCAUGCACAUGUAGAACACUGACACUAGCCGGCCCACGAGGCCAGUGAGAAUGCACUAUUGUAAUUUUUUUAUUCUUAUGCAAAAUUUUAUGCUCAGAGUUGCCCAUGUAAAUUUUACUGUAAGGAUUUUUUAAUUCAGUAUUUUUGAGGAGCCAUGUUAAAUUCAGAAUGGCACUGUAUUCAAUUUAACAUCCACGGAGCUGUGUGCCCCUAUGCUAAGCAAAGUCGGGGAAGACGAAAUUAUGCAAUGAACCAUCAACGUCUCCAAAAAUUUUGAAAAGACGACUUAUGUGCAAGUGGUGACUGAUAAAUAUAUAAGCGUUUUUAAAAAUGUUAAAUAGUAUGGGCACACUCUGAGCUAUAUUUGGUUUGUAGCUUUGCAACUGUCAGUGCUAGUUGAAAGUCGCUACAUGUAGUUAUUAAAAAUACAUUGCACGUACAAUUAUUUGGUGUUCCAUUUAAUAAUCACCAAUGUACUGUACUGAUAUACAUGUAUGCCAACAAAAAAAAUCAUAUUAUCGAGUGCCUGAAUUCGGUGUACAAAAAUUGUUAUGUCUAGAGUGACAGACUACACUACACAGAUUUUAAAAUGUAAUGUAUUUUUGUUGUAAAUGUAUUUACAUACAACUGUAAAUUUUAUGCGGUUGCUGUAUUGAAUUCACAGAUUAUUAAAUAUUUAAGGAGAAAACUUUUAAAAAAAUCCAGGUUUAAAGACGUUUGUGUAGAUGUAGCUUGUCUUUAUGUUUGGGGCAGUUUAAACAGGAGAAAAGCGACCAUUUUAAACCAAAUUUGAUGCAACAUUCAUUUGUGCACUGUACCAAAUUCAUGUUGAGACAGAUUUAUUUUUUGAACAAAUUCUGCAGAAAACCAAGGGAACCAUUUCCUUGGAAAACUAUUACUCAGCAGGUGCGCCAUUGUCACUUUCUGUAAAAUCGGGACUUUUGUGGCAGUGAUUGGUUAUCUCUCUUUUAACGUGCCCCAACGUUUUUCAGUUUGUUCCUAUACCAGUGUGGGAGUUAUUUUGGUUUCGGAUCACAUUGACCAUUAACAUUGGAUGUUUUCAGAAAAAAAAUCCUCAACUGAGAAAAUUGUGCAAAGUAUAACCACAGGUUACAAUGUAUUUUACAAUAUUUAUGAUUACAAUUAAUGCGUAUAAAUUCCGUUCCAUAAAAAGUACGAUUGUGUUUGGUUGAGUAUUUGUCACUCUGUUUGUUUACAACACCGGAUAUUCAUGUUUUAACUGUCCAUCUUAUAAUACCAUUCCAUUGAUAUUUAACUGUUCAUUUGAUGUUACUGUUCACGUGAAAACUUUAUAUCUUUACAGUGGAGGUCGAAUAAACGAAAAGUUGCACUGGAAACCA